AUGUAUCCUCCACGCUCGCCCGACAGAGAGAGAGAUAUCGACCGAGACCGAGAUAGAGAAUGGAAUUCAAGAUCAAGACAAGGAUGGUCAAACCAACCUCCUCAACCAACAUCACUACCUCCCCCGCACGGUGGAUGGGGUAACAACUAUAUCAAUAACAACCCGUAUAAUCCAGGUCCGAGUUCAUCAAGGAGAAGUAGGAGUCCAGAGGGAGAUAGGAGUAGACAGAAUAGUGUAGGUGGUAGAUCAGGAUAUAGACCAGUCGACACCUACUUACCUCAAUCGGAAUCACACGAGCCGGGACAAAUCUCAUCUCCAAACAUGAAUCAACAGCCCGUAGCAUCCGUUUUCCCACCUCGUGAUCCGAGAGCACCACCUACAGGACCUUCCAAUCGAAGUGCACCUCUACAGCCUCAACCUUAUCGACCAGGUGGUCCGGCUGUAAGGAAAGUCUCGGCGGAUAGACCGAAUGAUGGAGGUAGAUCGCCUUUGCCUGUUGGUCCUUCUGCAUCUGGAUCUGGAUCUGGGGCUUCGUCAAGGGAUGUGUUGACGCCUAGUAAUGGUUCUGUAAUGGGUGCUUUGGACAAUUUCUCAAAAACAAUGCAUUCAGCUCUUAUGGUCACCUCUCAGCAUGCUCUCGCUCGAAAACAUUUAGAAAGACUAUCCACAUUUGAACAUCGAAACCCCAAUUCAGUAGCGUUGGAAGAGGCCGAUAGGCGAGUCGUCAAAGCUCAAAAGGUCGUAGAUGAAGUCAUGAUUGGUCUGCAGAAUAGUUUCACUGAGUUGAUAAAGAGGACCCUCGGUACGAUCGGGACUUCGUCUGAAGCUAUUAGUAAGCUGGAGUUGGAUGGUCUGAGAGAGAGGAUGAGGAAGAUCGAAGAGCAAACUUUAAUAUCGAGAGCUACCGAACAACCCAUAAUAGAUCAAUCUCGUCAUCAACCACCUCCGCCACCUUCAUCCAGCUCACUUCCACCACCAUCGCCUCCGCCAAGUGAAGAACCUCCUCGACCACGUACUCCCUCCGCACCCCCUCCGCCUUUACCAGAAAAUACAGAGUCAGAUCAAGAUCAGUCAGCUACGUUGACGAGAGAAGAGAAGAAACGCAGAGUAGGAGAGGUAUUCAAUAGUAUAGUGGAUAGGUUGGAUGCUCUGGAAGAUAUGAUCAAUGGGUUUGAUUCUAGGAUAGACGAUGUGGAAACUAAUUUACUGAGUGUGGAGAAUGAGACGGACGAGAAGGAGAUCAAGAAGGAUAAGAAGAAGAGAUUCGCUACUUGGGAAGAUGUUGAGAGUAGGAGGGAUCCGAACAUCAAUAGAAGUAAGAAGAGAAAACAGAGAGAAGGUGAAGAGGGCGAAGUCGCAGGACCUACAACAUCAAACUCGCAAGACGAUGAAGACAUCGACAUGGCUGGAGCGACCGGCAACCAUCAGCUGGUAGAGAAAUUGCAGAAAGAUAUUGAAAGAUUAUCGAAUGAAGUCCAGGUGCUACAAAAUCAGUUAUCUAAUUCAUCUGGACCAGCCAUACCCGCACCUUCGAUCAAUAACACCAGCACCGCUCUUGCAAGUGUGAUGAACAGACUCAACCCUGGGGACAAAGUGCCAACGAGCAAUGCUCCCGCUGCUGGUACAGCUUCUCUAGGCGCUAUGCUGCAAACCCUUAAUUCGGAAAGACAGCAUAUGAUCACGGAUGGGAAUGCGAACAUAUUGAUUGCUGGUCCACCUCAAUUGGACGAUCUUAAAGUGGAAGUUGGGAAGUUAUCUGAACAGGUCAAAAUACUGCAGACUCAAUCUUCUACUCGCAAGCUGGAUGGGAAUGCCUCCUCAGUGGUCAAUGGUGGUCAACAGUCUAACCAUACCUUUCUCGAGAAUACAAUCAACAAGUUGAGAUCCGAUGUGAAAGUACUGUUAGACGAUAAAGAAAGUCGCUUGGGUAUUUUCGAGAAGAUAUCGUCGGGGUUGAAUAGCUUGGCGGACAACAUUCAAAGAUGCAAGAAUGAUUAUACAAUUCUUAACGAUACUCAAAGAGCUUCCGCAGCUACAAUCUUGUUACAUACGGAAAAUAUCAAGAUAAUUCAGAACGAUAUCAAACAACUAAGAACCCAAUCGCAAACACAAUCUGGUAUUACCAGUACCAAUAUUGAUAUGGCAAAGGAUAAGGAGAUCAAAGAAUUGAAAGAGGCUGUGAAAGUCUUACAAGAUGGUUUGAAAGAAAUGAGACAAGGUAGAGAGGAAUGGACCAAAGAGGUCAUGAAAGCUUGUUUGGAUGCCGUGAAAGAGGAGAAUGAGAGUAGGAAAGAUGAUUACGCCAAGAUUGCCAGGAGGGAAAUUCGAAAUACCGUUAGAGAAUUCAUGACCAAACGAGCCUCUUCUACUCCCGGCGUAUCUUCUGCAUCCUCAUCACAACCUUCGAAUCGAUCGAUAUCCGAACCUGUCAGGGAUGCUACCAUUGGAUCACCGGCUGUACAGCCUAUGUCGAUAUCACCACAACCCAACUCCACUCUCGAUCCUGGAACUUCAAAUCCACUGGCAUCAAGGAUCAACAAUACCGCAGCCACAGCUGUUGAUGGUCUUUCGAGACCGACAUUGUCAGAUAGAAUUACCACUGAUCAACCUCCCACGCAGGGGUUACAAGCUAGAUUCACUGGUGGGGCUGCUGAUGGCAUGGAUAUUGAUGGCAAUUAA